CUCAGCUGAUACACGCAUCCGCUGACUAUCAUCAUCAUCAUCAUCAUCACCCGAGACCUGCUCCUGUCAAGAUACACACCGCUCGGUUUUAUGGACGCGACGCGACCGGCUCGGUGAAUGAACGCGGCUGACGUGACGCGUGUCGCUGUCCGCGGUGCUGAAACAGUGAGUACGAUCGCAGUCAUGUGGAUUUCGUACGCGAAACGACAGCGCUGUCGAUGUGUGAAGCGACUGAUUAUAGAAGAAUAGAGAGAGAGAGAAGCUCCACUAUCACUGCGACUCACUCGACUGGAAGUAAACCAGUGAACGGACCUCCAUUCUUUCUCUCAGAUAAAGCAGCGAGGACGCAUUAUGUAAUGCACUGAUAGUGGGAAGGAGGGAAAAAGCAACCCAUCUCCUGGUUUCCAUCUUCAUGUGUCUGUCUGGAGGUCCGGCAGCUGUGCUGGCCCAUGCGGAGGGUUGCGGCGUUGAGUGACGCUCUGGUUCCCCAGCAUGGGCAGUGUAGGCAGCGGGGUGGCCGGUGAGCAGGAGUUUGCCAUGAAGAGCGUGGGCACGCGCACCACCCUCCCUCGUGGCCCUCCCCUGUCCCGCCGCGGCCCCUCCGACCGCAGCUGCAGCGCCGAGCGCCUUCACGCACCUCCCUCCACCUCGGAGGGCUCCAGUGACGAACGGGGCGGGAGCAGCACCACCACGGAUCGAGGCCACCUCAACAUCGCCGCCUCUCGUCCCACCAACGGAGACGGGCUGGAGGGGAACGCCGCAGGCCGCCGGGACACACACAGAACCGGAGGAGGAGUGUCUCUGGAUGCUUGUGGUAACAUGCUGGGUCACGGCGCGGAGAAGAACCACGAUGGUGCGGCAGCGGUAAAGGGGAGAGAGGGGAACAACAGCAAAAGAGACAGUCGCACGCCACCCAAGAUCCUCACUGUGUCUGGGAAAUUAGAGCAGAAUAAUUCUGCUCUGGUCCGGCCGUCCGCCUUCAAACCCGUCGUUCCCAAGAGUUUUCACUCCAUGCAGAACCUGGUGGGUCAGUCUGGAAGUGGAGGACGAUCUGCUGGAAGCGGUGGAGGAUCUGACGCCCCACAGUCCCUCUGUGAGCAGGACAGUCCCGAUCGAGACCCUUCGGGCGGAAACGACGGCCAGGGCGGCAUGUCCGACUCGGGGAGGAACUCGUUGACCAGCCUGCCCACCUACGCGGGGCCCGGCAUGGGCUACGGUCCCGCUCAAGCACUCGGUCCUCUCAGUGCCUCGACCAGCCACAUCAACAGACUGAGCAGCACAGCGGCGCCGCUGGACAAAGCGGACAAACCCAACUAUCAGAACGGCCUGAGCGUGUCUGACAGCGGACAGUCCUCCUCCGGGAAGAGCUGCUUAUCAUAUCAGAGACUCUGUCAUCUGACGGACACGAGCGCCACCGUCCAGCCGUCGCCCUCCACUGACGACAUCAUCCAGGACCUGGAGGACCGACUCUGGGAGAAAGAGCAGGAGGUGAUCCACAUGCGACGUAACCUGGACCAGAGCGAGGCGGCCAUCGUGCAGGUGUUUGAGGAGAAGCAGCGUGUGUGGGAGCGAGAGAUGGAGGAGCUGAGGCAGAACUACGCCGGGCGGCUGCAGCAGGUCACGCACCGGGCCCAGCGUACACAGCAGGCCCUGCAGGCCCACAUUGCCCGUCUGCAGCAGGACAAGGGCCGACUACAGGAGGAGAUCAGCGCCCUGCUCGCCCAGAGAGAGGAGCUGGAGAGGAAGUGCCUGGAUUACCGCAAGGAGCAGGCGGACAUCCUGCCCCGCCUGGAGGAGACCAAAUGGGAGCUGUGUCAAAAGGCGGGCGAGAUCUCUCUGCUGAAGCAGCAGCUGCGGGAGAGUCAAAAUGAGGUGACGCAACGGGCCGGAGAGAUGGUGGCCCUCAGGGGUCAGCUAAAGGAGCUCAACGCCCAGCUGAAGGAGCGCGAGGAGACCAUGAUCGGCCUGAAGGACUCGUACACCAACAAGAGCCGCGAGCUGGAGAGAUGUGAAGGAGAACUGAAGAGAACGCUGACAGAGGUGUCAAUGUUGCGUGACAAGCUGGUGGUGUUCGAGGCCGAGGUUCUGGGUCUCAAGCGGGCUCUGAGCGAGCUGAGCUGCAGGAACGAUCACGCCGUGUGUCUGAGCGGCAUCAGCGGCAGCAGCAGCUUACCGUGGGCUGGCCUGCACUCGCCCCGCACGCCCGAACCCCUGACCGCGCUCACGCCGCUCAGCGCCACUGUCGACAGCUUCCUCAGCCUGCAAAGCGAUGAGGCCAAAGCGCAACGGCAGGAGGCGGGAGAGCUGCGGCGGCAGCUGGAGCGACUGCAAGGUGAGCUGCACCUAGAGCGACAGCAGCGAGAACGACAGGCGCUCACCUUUGCUCAGGAGCGCCACACCUGGCAGGACGAGAAAGAGCGCGUGCUGAAGUAUCAGGCGCAGCUGCAGCUCAGCUACGUGGAGACGCUGCAGAGGAACCAGGCGCUGGAGGAGCGAGUGGGGCAGUUGGGAGCCAAACUGUCCACGUCGCCCGGAUCGCCGCCGCCCAUCAGCCUCUCCAUCCCCGUCCCGGUGACCGUCACUCUGUCCCCGACCGCGGACGAUCCCAAACCGCCCGUCCUGCAUCAGCUGGCGCCUCCGUGGCCGGGACCUUCUCGCUUAGAGCGGAUCGAGUCCACGGAGAUUUAGACGUGAGACAAUCGGCGUGAGACUGUUCUGUGCAAAGAGCCGAACGCACUAGAGAGGGCCGAGAUCAGCCUGUGUUACUGCAACAGAUGAAAGAAGAAUGCAGUUAGGAAUCAAAAGUGGUGCACAUUUCUCCAGCUUUUAAACCCGACUUUUGACAUCUCUUUUGGUCAUCAGUGAUAUGGAGGGGAAACAUUUUGCUAGUCUGUGUUGGCCGUAUGGUACUGGUCAAAAGUUUGGAAUAAUUUUAUUAAUGUUUAAGAAGUCUUUUCUGCUCACCAGGGCUGCAUUUAUUUGAUCAGAAAUACAGUGAAAUAUUAAAAAUUUUCAAUGGAAGCUUGUUUCCGCCAUUGAUUAAAAAAAUAAAUUAAUGUAAUCACAACAUUUCUUGCAAUUCAAACUUUUUCCUUAGAAUUGUGAAAUAAAAUGUUGCAAUUGUGGAAGCAAGCUUCCAUAGUGUUCUAUGUGAAUGUCUGUUAAAAUGUACUUGAAUGCUGGGAUCAAAGCUGAAUUUUCAGUGUGAAUCCCCUCCGAAGUUCCAAUCUGAAUCAAAUGAUUUGUGAACCCCCUCCUCCAAAAUAUGUUUUAAUAUAAAUCAAAUGAGUCACGACCCCCCCCAUAAGCUCUGAUCUGAAUCAAAUGUUUCGCAAACCUACUCCGAUGUUCCGAUCUGAAUCAAAUGAUUCACAAACCUCCUCCUCCAAAAUAUGUUUUAAUAUGAAUCAAAUGAGUCAUGACCCCCUCAGAAGUUCUGAUGAGAAUCAAAUGAUUCGCAAACCCCCUCAAAAAUCCCGAACUAAAUCAAAUGACU